AGCAGAAGGAGAAGAAAAAAGUCUAAGAUGGUAGUCAAGUCUACUAUUCCUACAGUAGACCUUUCUCCCUUCUUUGACAAAGGAGAUGAUGAGGAUGGUAAGAAGAAGGCCACUGAGAUAAUUACUCGCGCAUGCACCGAGUCAGGGUUCUUCCAGAUAGUUAACCAUGGGGUGCCACUCGAGCUCAUGGCUCGAGCCAUCGACCUCUCCAAGACGUUCUUUCAGUACCCAACCGACGAGAAGCUCAAGUGGAAGCCAGGACCUGACGCGCCGCUCCCGGCUGGCUACAACCGUCAGCCGGAGCAUUCGUCUGACAAGAACGAGUACCUGCUGUUGUUCGUGCCGUCCGCUGGAUCUGCGCUGGCGAGCCUCAAUGUCUACCCUGAAGAUCCACCUGAAUUCAGGGUAGUGUUGGAAGAGAUCUGUUGCCAGCUUAGCAAAACAGCAUCGAUUGUCGAGUCCAUCUUGAAUGAAUGCAUGGGACUUCCAGAGAACUUCUUGAAGGAGUACAACAAAGACCGCAGCAACGAUUUCAUGGCGGCAUUGCGCUACUUCCCUGCAACAGCACAUGGCGACGACAACGGAAUCAGCGAACACGAAGAUGGGAAUUGCCUCACAUUCGUCUUCCAGGAUGACGUUGGUGGGCUCGAAGUUCUCAAGGAUGGACAAUGGAUCCCUGUAACUCCGACAGAAGGGACCAUCGUCGUCAACGUUGGGGAUGUUAUCCAGGUGCUGAGCAACGGAAAGCUGAAGAGCGCUACUCACAGGGUGGUGAGAAAGGAAGGGAAAAGCCGACACUCGUAUGCAUUCUUCCACAAUCUGGAUGGAGAGAAGUGGGUUGAACCAUUGCCUCAAUUCACACAAGAAAUUGGUGAAGGACCCAAAUACAGAGGAUUUAGGUAUAAGGACUACCAACAGCUGAGGCUCAGAAACAAGACCCACCCGCCUUCUGACCCUCGAGAUGUCAUCCACAUUUCUCACUAUGCUAUCCCUCCAUGAUUUCUAUAAAUUUCAAAUAAUAAUAAAAAAAGAAUAAAGACAUCCAUUGUUCUAUCCUUAAUUUCAGCUGACUUAGUUUUUAUGGUGGUUAAAGUACUAUUAGUAAUGGGCAAAAUCAAUAUUUUGAAA